CACACUCACACGCGCGUCCUCGACGAAGAUAAAAAAAUGAAACAAAAAACGCCUCACGUAACGGUGAAUGAAUUCAAGACAGAGAUAAGUAUAUUUUGGUGGUGAGCACUUCAGUCGUAAGGUCGACUACGAAAAACACUAGCUCAAUUUUUACAGUACGUAAUUACUGAGUUGACGAUGUGUGCGUGAGCGCCGAGAGCGACGCCCGCGUCUGCCGAAACGGAGCCGGAAUAUUUAGGUGAAAGUGUUUCGAAUUUCGACAUGACGACAUUUGCGCGCAGUCGUUAUCGUGGUUUUGCCGAAUCUAGAGGUUGAGAGAGCGCGCAUGCUGACGCUAUCAAUCUCCACUUGUGUUAUCCCCGUGUCCUUCUUCGCAGGAACGUGCAUUGUGCUGCGUUAAAAAACUAUGCUGAUAGUUGGUGUUUCUUUUAGAAGACGUAAAUUAAAAAGGUGAUCGGUGAUUAGAAAACGUUGAACUUUGUGUUAUGUGCAUUUUGCCGUGCUAAGCAAGCUGUCGGCUGGCGAAAAGCUGGGGCCCGAGGCGCUAGACGCCUCUGCACACGCAACUCAACUGCAGACGAUGACCUCUACAAUGGGAAUAAUGACACUCAGCCGCGGCCCGUGUGACCUCGACAACAUGAGUCUGUUCCAAGACCUCAAAUUGAAGAGGCGGAAAGUUGACUCCCGAUGUAGUAGCGAUGGCGAGUCGGCAGCGGACACAAGCACGUCUUCGCCGGACCCUGGCCCGCCGUCGCCGCGCAUGGCAGACGCCGGUUGCAGCACGCCGCCGCACCCGCCGCCCGUGUUUGACGGCGGUGGCUCUCCCUCACCCUCUCCUGCAGCCUGCCACCCAACCGUUAUUCGCUCCGCCCCACCGAACUCCGUCAUCAAGUUUGAAGGUGCACCUGCACCCAUUAAAAUAGAAGUCUCUUCUGCUGGAAAGCAUGACUCCUCCCCAUCCUCCCAUUAUUCAUCUGUCAAAUUAGAAGGGCCACCCCCAGAUCAUCCGCAUUCGUAUAGAUCUCGCGCCCUCGCUCCUCCCCCGCCAAGUCCCCACGCCUCUUUAUCGCCAAAUCAUUGGCCUCCCGCGGCUUGCAUUAAUGGGGUAAAACCUGAACUCAUUGGCGGUCAUUUUCCACCACAACCAUUAGAACCAAAAGGCGCAAGAAGUUCGACGCAAUGGAGAGGAGCACCCGCAGUAAUUAUGGGCGAAUCUGGUGGAGUCCGGACAAUGUUCUGGACUCUUCCUGCACCCACGUCUGGAGGGGAACCAUCCCCGGGAGCUUCUCACACUCCAACACCACCUGCAUCAGAUCCUAAUACAUGUAGUGAAGAAUCAGCAGCUCGACUUUUGUUAAAUCUAGGAGGUGAGUUGAGGCGAACUCAAGGGCCAAGACUAAACAUGGAACUAUUAUGGGCUGGGGACGUUUCCCAAUUACCGGCUCAUCAGCAAAUACAUGCCUUAAAUCUUAGUGCUGCUGCUGGCGGAGUUCCUGGUAUUUCAAAUGUACCAAAUCCAAGUCCUUUAGCACCACGACCCGAGUUAAGAACGUAUGCACCUGAAGCCGAACGUGAUGAAGAUGAACAGCCGAUGAUCUGCAUGAUAUGUGAAGAUAAGGCGACUGGUCUCCACUAUGGUAUUAUAACUUGUGAGGGUUGCAAGGGUUUCUUUAAAAGAACUGUGCAGAACAGACGAGUAUAUACAUGUGUGGCUGAUGGUGGCUGUGAAAUAACAAAGGCGCAAAGAAAUAGAUGCCAAUAUUGUCGCUUUAAAAAAUGUAUCGAACAAGGGAUGGUUCUACAAGCCGUGCGAGAAGAUCGUAUGCCAGGAGGCCGAAAUAGUGGUGCAGUGUACAAUUUAUAUAAGGUUAAAUACAAGAAACAUAAGAAGCCAAAAACAUCAACUGCAACGAGUAGGGCGUCACCUCCAGAAAAACCUAAAGAUCCUUUACCACCCCUCCCACCAAACCUCGUUAAUGGGACCAUACUUAAGACUGCUUUAACAAACCCAAGCGAGGUGGUUCACUUGAGAGCAAGACUGGAAAGUGCUGUGUCAUCGUCGAGAGAUAGAGCGAUACCUCUAGAUAGGGCCAUGCAUAUGAUCAGAGCACUGAUCGAUUGCGAUGCAAUGGAAGACAUCGCCACUGUACGCCAUUUACCUGAUCUCCUGCACGACACGUCAGAAAUAGGUGAUAAGCUAUGUAAGAUUGGAGAUUCAAUCGUCCACAAAAUGGUCGCUUGGACGAAAAAAUUACCGUUCAUAAUGGAAAUUCCUAUGGAAAUACAUUCAAAACUAUUAAUGGAAAAAUGGCACGAGAUCUCAGUAUUGACAACUGCGGCAUAUCAAGCAAUGCAUGGCAAACUAGCUCAUGCGCCACCUUCAUCAGACCACGAACAUGAUUUUAUGCAGGAGGUUAACGCAAAUCUUAGAACGUUACAAAAUUGUUUAACAUCACUCAUGGGAAGGCCGAUAACUCUAGAACAGCUAAGGCUUGACGUGGGUUUAGUGGUAGAGAAGAUGACCCAAAUCACUUGUGUAUUCAGGCGCAUCCAGCUUCGGAUGGAGGAGUACGUCUGUCUAAAAGUCUACAUAUUGUUAAAUCAGGAAGUUGAGUUGGAAGGAAUUCAGGAUCGAUAUGUGCAAGUUCUACGGAGCUAUUUAGAGCAUGCUGCGCCACAUCACCCUGGUAGACUACAAGAAUUAUUCGCAAGAAUACCGGAGAUCCAGGCAGCGGCGAACUUGUUACUAGAAAGCAAAAUGUUCUACGUGCCGUUCGUGUUAAAUUCAGCUGAAAUCAGAUAGUAUAUGGCCGAGCAGGGUUUGUAGUUCUCGAUGUAUGAGCGACAACCUCGCUCCCGCCGCGCCCUUGUCUUAUGAAGCGGUUCGCGUCCACCACCUGUGUUCACCAACGCACCUAGCAAUGUUCCUAUUUGUUUGAACACUGCGGUGAAGAACCAUCCCUCUAACAAACCCUUUAAACCGCGUUGUUGCUGUUUACGGACGAUUAAUUUCGCGAUUCUUCAAUGAUUGUGCGACGAGUGUAGACGUUAUAUGUGUGUGAUGGGUGAAAAAUUAUAACGUCCCAAUUGACAGACUGAUUUAUGAUUAAUAGUUAUUUUUAGUAAGGGACUUGAAUGCGUGUUUUAUACGUGGUAGUGUAUACUACUUAGUGUUAAUUAGAAUAUAUAUUGCUAUUUAAAUUUGUCAAUCGGAGAACCGCAUAAUAUAUUCCUGUAAAUAUAGUAUAAGUUUUUGAUAGGUUAGUCGUUGUUUUUAGGAGUUGUUUCUUUGUAAAUGAAUAUUGCUGUUUUAGUUUGCAUUUUAUAUCUAGAGUUUAACCGGUAGAUUUAUUUUUUACUGGGUGUGUAUUAUCGGAAAAAUUUAAUUUAAUUUUGUAUGACAUAUUCAUGAUAGUAUCACUAAGGACUUAUUCUCAGUGUUUACCAAGACUGCUUGUAUACAAUUGUACUGUUUAAUCCUAACAUAUAUAGGAACUUGGCGUUCUAUACUUAUACUUGUCACAAGAUAUGCAUUUUUACUGCAAAGACUUCGCAUAAAAUUGUGCAAACUUUCCUUUGAUCUUUACCCUUGAACCGCAUGUAACUGUAACAUGUAAUACCUACGAAAGUUAAGAUAAAAUGAACUGUAUAUUGAACGACCUUUCAUAGCUUUACGUAUCCGUAAAAUUAUUUCAUAAAUACGUUUUGCCGUUUAUUGUUGUAUAAUGUUAAUGUGUUCAAUUUAAAUAAGUACCCAAUUCUUAAAUGUCCAGUCCGUUGCACACAAACCUGAAUACCCGCAAAAUAAUGGAAUAGUUUUCAUUCGGUUAAAAUUUCAAUACACAGACUGCGUGGUUUGCUAACAUAACUCAGUAGUUAUUAACCCAAUCAUUUCACAACUAGUGCUAUAAACAUAUCUGACCCAGUGAUGAACAUUUAUACUGUCAACCUUAUGAUCAGAUAGUUUAAUAGCACUAACUAUUUAUACCAUUAACUAACAUUUGUCGUCAUGAUACAUAAUUAUGAUUAAAUCACCUGAUAAGUACAUAAUUAUAUGUAGGGAUGUAAUAUACCACACAUUAGUCAUAAAACCAUUGUAUUAAUUAGGCAUAACUGAGGUCCGGUAAAAUAGUGACUCGCAAUUUUUUUUCUGUUCGCAUUACAAGUUGCUUAAGAAUAUCUGUCUGAAUAUAAAACUGAAAUAAAACUUAGUCAACAUUGGUGAUACAAUUCUGUAAAACCUUUUUGAAUCAUAACUUUUCUGUCACUAUUGCGCCGGAUAAAUUAUUUUAAGGACUUUUCGAAAACCUAACAUACACUGUCAAUAAUCACUGCCUCCUUGUUUAUUUGAUAUUGUUAACUAUAAAAUAGUGUAAAAACGUUCCAACAACGGUGAACAGUUACCAUUAGAGUUAGCGGCGGUUUAUGCCAACUUAAAAUUAAGUAAUACAACCAAAAAGUUCGUUUUAGGGACUUAGGUUCUAGGUUAAAAUUUUUGGCUACGUUUAAAAGAUUUUUAUGAUAUAUUCAUUAUUCAUCCCACAUAUUUAUAACAUUAUUUCGUCAACAUUUUGAAUUAUAUAUUGUUAAUUACUGUAAUUGGUGUAUUCCAACUGUUUUCAGUUAAGCGACCCCUUUUUCAGUUCACCUCAAACUCAUUAUCACAUAUUUCAAUUAUUAACCAGUUUUCAUUUAAAAUAUCGUAACGUUGUUAACAUAAAUUCGUAAAUACUGUAAAAAUUGUUUGUAUAAAUAAAUUAGGAAAUUCUGUUACCUGAAUGAGCGACUUACGUCCGUUCCUCAUCGUGUUACCAUUAGUUAAGUUUUAGGAUACAUUUUGUACAUAUUAAAAAAAAACAACCAGUUAAAAUACUGCCAUUUUAUGCCUAAAGUCAUGUUGUUUAUUUAAUAAUUAGCUAUAUUAUAAAUUGAAACAGCGAUGAAAUAUCGAAAUCGACCGGUAUUUCAAACAAGUUCAGUAGAUCCAGCACACUAUUGGCGAAGAUUAAUUAUUAUCCUUUACAAAAUGGUGCUUCGGAUUUUGUAAUUUUGUCCAUAACAAGGCUUAUCUACAUUCUGACUAAUGCAUAUUAAUUUAAUAUAUAACUUAAUCUAAUAAUUAGUUCUUAAAACACCAUCAACACGACGGUGUUGAAUCUAAAGUCUGAGGUAAGGAUGCCUUUAUAGAUUUUUAACAUGUAUCAAGUUAGAAUAACAGCGACUUGUUCGCUCGUCUUAUUCGUUAAUAUUGUAAGAAUUGACACUUAUUUUGUUAGUAAAAUAGUUUAUUCAGGAAAUUAACGGCGAUGUAUCAAAGGAUAAUUAGAAUAUAAGAACGUUAUUGGUGUUGUACAAACGAUAGUAUUAAUGAGAAAAUUGGCGCAUUACUGGCGAGUACCUAAUUAGAAUAGGACGUGAAAGCCUAUUGAGGCUAUAUUUUAGUACAUUAAAUUACCAGAACUAAUCAGUAAUCUGCUUUCUACUCCUGCGUUAAAUAAACAAACUUUGAUGUUAGCCGUUUUUACUACACAUUAUGUUGACUACGUUUAGAUCUUUUGCUUUGUAGAACUACCAUCGAUUGGUACCUUUGAUUAGUAAUUGAAUACUAACGUUCUGUCUUUUAUAACAAAAUGGUAAGAAAUGUUUUCUAUGGCAUUAUUUAUGUAUUUUUCUAUAAAUAUAAUUGUUGUAUUAUACACGGCGUAUAACAGUAUAGCCUAACUUCUUAUAUUCAAAUACUUGUACACGUUUAAAAAAAUCUUGAAUCGUGCAUAUUGCCUAGAUAUUAUUGCGAAAAAUAAUUUGACUGAUAAAUUAAUUAAUCUUAGCUUAUGAUGUUAAUGUAUUUAUAAGUUUCAAAACUGCAUUUGACAUCCCUACAAUGCAUAAGAUAUUGUAGGAUUGACGACAUAUUUUCACAUUUUAGAGUAAGAUUGUUGUGUAUAGCGUUUCAUGUACGUAUUUCGGUAAAAUGGAGGGUUAACUGUAUAUUACAUUAUAAUAUAAUUUAAAAGUUGCAAAACAAGCGAAUUAAACCAUAAUAUUCUCUAUAAUACAUAUUUGGAAACGUUGAUCAAGUGUUUUAGUAAUUACAUGUCACAGAUGAACCUAAGGCAUAAUAUAAUAAUAUACAUUUAUUACUAUGUGUUAUAUACUCCAUGUUUUCGCAUAUCAUGUCGUUAUGUUGACUCAAACACGUUCGCUUCAUGUUACUCGUCUUAUUCAUUAAAAAAAACCAUUAUAUAUUAUAUCAUAUUUUAUUCACCACGCAGUCUCAUAAAAGUGCCUCAGAUUAAUGAUACAUUGAGUGUUUACGUAAAUAGUUGGGCUCGCUCAAUUUCAAGACUUAUCGCUUUCAGUAGAUAUUUUUAAGUAACUUUUUAUUGUAGAAAAUCACAUUAGCUGACUGCUGUACUGUUCUCGAUGGAAAAGGCUGUUAUUCGACCAAGUAAACUGACUGUUUUUGAUGUAUUUAGAAAUGACUCGUUCGAGUGGUGCGCCUGGUAAAGUUAAGAUUGUGUACUGGUUUGCCAAGAGAAGUUACCUACAGUUGUGUUUAGUUAGCAAUGCAAAACGUGUUUGUACUUUAAUUUGUUUUUUAGUUGUACUCUUGGAAAUCAAUGGUUAAUAACUUAAGAAAAUAAAAUGUAUGUGAAAUAA